AUGGCGUCGAUUCCACCAACGAUCGUCCCUUGCGCUAGGGAGUGCCUGGAAACUGCGAUCGUGGGUAUCGGCUGCGAUGUAGCGGACACGGCAUGCGUGUGUACACCCGAGAAGUUCGCCACGCUAUCCAUUGACCGAAACCUCGUGAAUUGUGUCAUAAAUUCAUGUAGCGGUUCUGACCUCUCAGAGGCUUCGCGCGUGAUACCCAAUCUAUGCUCGGAUGCAAACGACCCUAGCGCAUCGUCGACACCGGACCCUACGACAUCCCAAUCCAUCGCCCCCGAGCCUACCAUCUCUGAAACCAGCAGUACUGGGAGUUCCGCACCAGAACCCGAACACGAACCGAAUCGGCCAUCCGGCGGCUUAUCCGCAGGAGCCAAGGGAGGAAUCGCAGCGGGUGUUGUGAUUGCCAUUCUCAUAAUAAUUGGUUUGGCAGUGCUUUGUUGUUGUCCGCCAGGAUUUAUCAAGCGAUGGCAGAAACGGAAAGGCGGAGCUAGUGGGGUUCACCAGGGUCUAGCUUCCCCGCCAAAGAUAGAUGGCAGUAGGGCAGAGCUAGACGGGGUGCCCAAGUCCGAGCUGGAAGCGAAACCUGCCACCGGAUACGGCUCCGCGAUAAACCCCGCCGAAUUGGGCGGGGAAGACGCUGUCAACGUAGCACCUGGGUCAAUAUCGCGGCUCGCGGGCAGCCCACCGACCUCUGCACCACAUUCAUAUUCGCCUUCUGAACAACAGAACCCGACGGGUUGCUAUGACGAUGGUUAUCCUGUGAUCUCGGAGCUAAGCGCCACGCAGCAGACUGCCAUGCCACCAGUCACCUCGACAACAUCGCCAGAAUCGGCCUCCCCACCACCUCAGACCAAUACAACCAGUCCGUCAACGGACCCGGCAGCAACGGCACAUCUCGCUGUGCCCACGAUCGAUCCAGGCUCUACCGAACUGGAACAGCUACUCCGAUCCCACCAGGAGCUCGAGGCACGGCGGAAAACGCUGGAGGAACUUAGCAGAGUGCAGGAGCAACAAGCGGCAUUGCAGCAGAGGAUAAAUGAACUUGCUGCGGCAAACAAGACAUCGACUUAG